GUAAAUGCUUAAGCUCUGCGCAACUCUCAAAUUUUAGAUGAAUUAUCGAUACCAAAGGAGCAUAAUCACUUUCCCUGCUCGUUUCUUCAUCAUCAUCCCUUGCAGGUUUUGGCAUUGUCGUGUUAGUUUCAAGAAUCGAAUGGCUACGGAAGGCCAUGAACUCUCCAAUGUUACAGUGGUGGAUGAUCUUCUCUCGCUUCAAAAGAAAAUUGCUGCAAUUCGCAUGGCGGGUCCUUCCAAGCUCCAGGUAAUUGCAGAUUUUGAUGCAACACUAACCAAGUACAUGGUGAAUGACCGUCGGGGCCACAGCAGCCAUGGCCUUUUGCGGCAGGGGAAUCCUGAGUAUGAUGCUAAGAGGCACGCAUUGUACGAAUACUAUCAUCCUUUAGAAUUUUCCCCAACUAUUCCAAUCCAAGAGAAAACAAAGCUCAUGAAAGAAUGGUGGGGGAAAACUCAUAAUCUUCUCAUUGAGGGAGGCCUUACAUGUGAUGCAAUUAGAGAAUCUGUUGCUAAUUCUGCUAUUGCUUUUAGGGAUGGUGUUGUUGAACUCUUUCAAUUUCUGGAGGAAAGGGACAUUCCAGUUCUUAUAUUUUCAGCAGGGCUUGCAGAUAUCAUAGAGGAGGUCUUGAGGCAGAAAGUUCAUAGAUCUUUUAGAAAUGUCAAGAUUGUCUCUAACCGAAUGGUAUUUGAUGAUAAUGGUCGACUAAUUUCUUUCAAGGGAAAGUUGAUUCAUAGUCUAAAUAAAAAUGAACAUGCUCUUGAUAUGGCUGCUCCUGUUCAUGAACAUCUUGGUGAUGUUGAUGGGGUAAGCGAUGACAGUGCCUCAGUGAAGAAGAGAACCAAUGUUUUGCUUCUUGGUGAUCACCUGGGCGACUUGGGAAUGUCUGAUGGGUUGGAUUACGAGACUCGAAUUUCUGUGGGCUUCCUGAAUGACAAUAUCGAGAACAAUCUUGCUAGCUACCGUAAAGCCUUUGAUGUUGUUUAUCUGAAUGAUGCACCGAUGUGGGGUGUAGUCAAGCUUGCUUCUCAGCUAUGUUCAACUGCAUCUGCUUGAGUUCCUUGUCAAUAAAUGUUAAAGAUUUUCGGCACGUCUCCAGCUUUGCUGAAAGUGGGAUCAUGAACUGCACAGAUGACCUGAACAUUCUCCUGGAAGUGAAUUCCAUGAAAAUUGACAUAUAUAUCUUAAGGUGGAGCAAUGCCAGUGGAUUGUACUCAUUGUUUUAUUGAAAUAGCUAGGACAAGAUAAUCUAUAGUUAUAAUAGAUGGUAAUGUAUGUUAUAGACAUUUAUUAAAGGUGGAAUUUAUUCAAUUAUAUGUUAGUUGUCUUCUCCAUAGUCAGUCAGUAGUGGUUUUUGGAUGUUGUAUUUGAUAAAGAGUGCAGCCUGUGCAGGCAAGUAAAGAUUUCCACUGGUCUUGGUUAUAAUUUUGACGAUUAUACAGGAGAAACUUAGCUUGUUGAUUGUUGAAUGCACUUGUAA